AUGCAUUUCACUACGCUUGGAGCUGUCACAGCUCUCACCGGCCUGUCGCAGGCCAUCCUCCUCCCUCCUACCAUAUCGUCCGAUCCUUCCGAGACAUUCAACACCUUACCAUACGAUGUUGAAAACGCAGCGGUCGGCGAGGGAGUUUCGAUGAACCUUCCAUGUCCUGGAUGUCCUGUUAUUUUCACCGACACUCUAGGUCGUAACAUCGCAACUGAAGUCAAGAACCGGUUGGGGUUGAACUUUGAAGUCAUCCAUGGAGAAGAGGGCGUACAGGACGUACUUGCGGUUAACGGAAUGCAAAUAUGGCCUAUCGGAUUGUCAGUACUUGAUGUACAGGAACUUACUGCUCCUCAAUUCAUUCACACCGAUGCAAACACCUGGGAUUAUGCUGCCGAGCCACAUUUGGGAUACUCGAUCUUCAACAAGUCCCCAGUCUACUCGGAGAAGGACGACCUCAACCUCAUCCAAAUCCAACUCGAAAUCAUCGAAGUUGGAAACACCUUUAUCGAAGGAAUACCAGCCGUUCAGCUUUCGUUAUUGCGAACAUCUAGCGGAAAGCUUAUGAUUGGAAAUGCGGAGCAAAUGGAAGUCGAACAACCAAAGGAGCUUACACCUUCCGACGGUGAUCAGGAAUGCGCAACAGCUCUCUGCAAAUGGAGAGCUAUUCUCGCCGACAAGUUGUCUUCAUUAAAGAGCGGUUGCGGAAAAGCCGGAAACGCUAUUAAGGCCCCUCCACGUCCAAAUGCUAGUGUUGACGGUCCUAAGCAUCACGAUGCUCGCCCUCAUCGCAGACCACAUGGCGCCCACCGUCACCACAGACACAGACACACCAUUCUUCGUUUCCUCAGAAACAUCACCAUGCACGUCCUUCUUCCUAUCGCCGUUGGUGUUGCAGUUGGUAUCACUGCCAGCCUCGUUGGUAUGCUUGUAGGGAACGCUGUUGUUCUUAUCUGGCGCGUACUUUUCCGUCGUGGCCAGACUCAAGCUAUUCCAGUCCACGAGGUUAUCAUUAUCGAGGAGAGUGAUGAUGAGACUAAGAGUUUCUUGGUCAAGGAGGCUCAAGACCUACCACCAUCUUACACUGAUGAGAAGGUGUAA